AUGACGUGGUAUAAUGUCCAGUGCCGUGCUGUUCUAUGUAAUGCACAGCCAGAUUCACGGCUCCCAUUGGCUGUAAAUUCACGGCUCCCAUUGGCUGUAAGUUCACGGCUCCCAUUGGCUAUCUGUCUCCGUCCUCAUUGGCCGCCCAGUGUCCGGGGCGCGGGAGAUGGCGGCCGGGUUACUGGUCCGGGCCGGGCCGCUGGAGAUCUUCCUGAGGACCGGGGGUGGCACCGGGUUCAGGCCGAGCUGCGAGACGGCAGCCUGCGGCUGAGCAGUGAGGAGCCGAGGCCCGAGGCUGAGGCCUGCGACGGGCUGUCCAACGGCUCCCCGCGGCCGCGGAGCCCGAGCCCGGCGCAUAUGAGCCCGGCGGGGCCCAGCGCCGGGGCCCUGGGCUGCGGCCCGGCCGCCCUGGUGCCCCUGGAGGCCGGCAGCCCGAGCCCUGGGCCCGCGGCGCUGGCGGAGCGGGUGCGCACUGUGCGGGUGCUGAAGCAGGAGGCCGGCGGGCUCGGCAUCAGCAUCAAGGGCGGCCGCGAGAACCGGAUGCCCAUCAUCAUCUCCAAGAUCUUCCGCGGCCUGGCGGCCGACCGCACCGGCGCGCUCUUCGUCGGCGACGCCAUCCUGGCGGUGAACGGAGCCGGGCUGCAGGACGCCACCCACGACCAGGCCGUGCAGGCCCUGAAGAAGGCCGGGAAGGAGGUGAUUCUUGAGGUUACUUAUAUCCAAGAAGUGACGCAAUACUUUAAAAAGCCCUCAUUGAUUGCAGACCUUGCGUGGGACAGUCUGAUACCUCAGUCUCCAUAUCUGGGAGGUGAUUCCUCUGAUUCUCCAAAUCACAGUGCCAAAGACAGCAAGACAUUUCCACUGAAGAUGUGCUAUAUCACAAGGAACCUGACAGUGUCUGAUCCGGAGAACAGGUUAUUUGAACUGCACUCCCCUGAUGGCAGACAUGCAAUCCUUCUGCGGAGCAAGGACACUGCUGCAGCACACGCCUGGUUCACGGCGAUUCAUGCCAGCAUCACAGCGCUGAUCCCUCAGGCACUCUUGGAGUUAAGUGAGCUCCUGGGCCCCAGUUGCAGGGCCAUUCAGCACCUUGGCUGGCUAGCAGAACAGCUGAAAAUAGAAGGUGGGAAGCAACAAUGGAAACCAGUGGUGGCCAUCCUCACGGAUAAAGAUUUGCUACUUUACAACAGCGUACCCUGGAACCGGGAUCUUUGGACGUCACCUUGCCAAAGCCACCCACUGCUGGCCACCAGGUUGGUUCACUCAGGGUCUGCACGAGGGUCACCAUCCAUUAGUUCAGAGCUGAUGUUCGCCACGCGGACAGGCUCACGACAAGGCAUUGAAAUGCAUGUCUUCCGUGUUGAGACUCACCGGGACCUGUCGACAUGGACACGAAUGCUGGUCCAAGGCUGUCAUGGUGCUUCGGAGUUGAUUAAGGAGGUGACCUUGGGUUGCACUUGGAAUGGACAGGAUGUCAAGCUGGUUGUUAACUACGAGAGCGGUUUUGAUGUCCCAGGGCAGCUCAACAACAGAUCCAUCAACAUCCUACUCCAGUAUCCGUUUGAAAGGUUGAAGUCGUCUGCCGAUGAUGGGAUCAGGAUUCUGUACCUGGACUUUGGGGGGCCAGAGGGAGAGCUGGCACUGGACCUGCAUUCAUGCCCAAAACCUGCAGUCUUUGUAAUUCACUCAUUUCUUUCGGCUAAAGUGACGCGGAUGGGGCUCUUGGUUUGAAGAUUGCCUGGAUCACUAAAUAAACCAAAGACCAUUGGGAAUGGAAAGUGUAGGAGAACAGAGCCUGGUGGGUGAGAGACUGCCAGCUCAUGGAUGGGAGUCCGCACAGACCUGUGGAUGUUACUGAAUGUUGCCAGAUGUGCCUUCAGUCUGAAUAACUGAACUCUUAUAAUUGCACAUUAAUCUUAUUGAUGUAAAGACAGUUGCUUUACUUUGGAGUACAGUUUUGUAAUUUUUAAAGGAUCUCAACUCUGUGCUAGCUGGUCUGGUGUUAUCCUGCGAUUGGUGCAAUACCUUACAAUCCAGGGGCAGCACUCCUGUCUUCGUAGAUGAAAAUUGCUUUGUCACUGAAUCUGGGCCUUUGUGGUAUUGUGAUGGGUUGGAUUGUUCCGCAUGCCUGAACUUGUGCUCGGUAUUGUCAUAGGGCAGAAUGUUGUGUAAAUUACAAAGCUUUGAUUUGUCGGUUGGUUUCAGGAAGCUGUAAACGUCCUGAGGCAAACCCUUCCUUCAGAUCCGUCAGUACUUGGUAUCCCUGGAAUAGGUUCUCAGCAGUGUGGUAUUGUCUUUAGGAUCAGUGACCUCAAGCUGGAUGAGGCAUGGUGCCGGCAUUGUGGCUCAGUCCAGUUAUUGCUUAUUGAUGCCAAUAUUGGGGUAAAGCCUGAAAUCGGAGGUGUGGGAGGGAUGGGGUGAUGCUGGUUGGGACAGUGGAGUGGGGAUUGACUACAGUCUCUGCCCACUCCCUUCAAAUCUUGGAGAUUAGGGAAGAAUGAGAUUUCCCCUGCACGGAUCACAGUUACAGAUGAGAGUGCAAGUUGGUCAUCCUGUAACUAGUGAGGGAUGGUUGACAGGCUGAUGUGGGCGUCACCCGUGGUAUUCAGGUUCUGUCCUGCUCUCGGUGAUCUCCAGUGUCUCCUCUCCCUUCCUUCAUUCUGUUGGCACCUCUCUGCAUGUGGUCACCAGGCUGAUUGGAGUAAGUGCAGAACAGGAAUGUUGCCAGUAAAGUUGUAAAUGUUUUAAAGUAAAAGGCAAAGCUGCUGGGAGCUGUGAUCCCUGGAUAUCAAGGGGAAAAGGAGGUGGCUUGGAUCAGAUACUGGCAGCUGGGAUCAAGUGAAUUACUGGAGUAUAUAGAGGAUACUGGAGUAUACUCAAGAAGGAAAUUAGGAAGGUGAAGAGGGGCCAGAAGAUGGCUUUGGCAGAGAAAAUUAAGGAGAAUCCAAAGAGGUUUUGUUUUAAAAGUAUAUUAAGACAAAGAGUGACUUGAGAGAGAAAACGACCCCUCAAAGAUCAAAACGGAAAUGUUUGUGUGGAGCCGCUGGAGAUGGGCAGAGUUCUUCAUGAUUGUUUCUCCUAUGCUUUUACCAUGGAGAAAGAUGUGAAGACUUGGGAACCUGGGAAAGUUAAUGGAGUUGUUUUGGGAGCAGUAUUGCAUGUGUUAAGAUGUAUGAAGGUAGACAGACCUCCAGGUCUGGACGAGGUGUUUCCAAGAACACUAUGGGAAGCUAGAGAAGAAAUUGUGGACCCCUUGCUGAGAUACUUGCCACAUUGCUAUCCUCUGGUGAGGUACUGGAAGACUGGAGGAGAGCAAAUGUUGUGCUUUUAUUUAAGAAGGGCAGUAAGGAUAGACCUGGUAAUUAUAGACCCGUUAGCCUAACAGCCAUGGUGGGUAACUUGUUGGAAAGCAUUCUGAGGGAUAACACAUACUUACAUUUGGAAAGGCAGGUUUGAUUAGGGGUAGCCAGCAAGGCUUAGUGCGUGGAAGAAAUUUGAUUGAGUUUUUUGAUAAAGUGACAAGGAAGGUUGAUGAGGGGAGGGUGAUAGACGAAGUAUAUAUGGAUUUCAGUAAGGCUUUUGAUAAGGUUCCAUAUGGUUGGCUGGUUUGGAAGGUUAGAUUGCAUGGCAUCCAAGGAGAGCUAGCAAACUAGAUACAAAAGCUGUUCAGCACAGCUUUGUGGGCUGAAGGGCCUGAAUUGUGCUGUAGGUUUUUCUGUUUCUAAAAUUGGCUGGAUGGCAGGAAAGAGGGUGAUGGUGGAAUGAUGUUUCUAAGACUAGAAGUCUGUGACUAGCAGUAUGCCCCAAGGGUCGGUGCUUGUCCCAUUGUUAUGUAUAUUAAUGAUUUUGAUGAGAAUAUACAAGGAAUAAUUGGUAAGUUUGCAGGCAACACUAAAAUAGGUGGUGUUGUAGACAGUGAGGAGAGAAUUGCAGCGGGAUCUUGAUCGGCUGGCUAGGUGGGCUGAGGAAUGGCAAAUGGAAUUUAAUUCAGAUAAGUGUGAAGGGUUACAUUUUGGAAAGGCGAAUCAAGGAAGGACUUUUACAUUGAACGGAAGGGCCCUGGGUACUUGGUUGUAGAACAGAGGAACCUUGGAGUACAGGUGUAUAGUUCCCUUAAGGUGGUGACAGGUAGACAGGGCAGUGAAGAAGGCCUUUGGCAUGCUGGCCUUCAUCAGUCAGGGUACUGAAUGUAGAAGUUGGGAGGUUAUGUUGCUAUUGUACAAGAUGUUGGUGAGGCCACACUUGGAUUAUUGUGAUCAGUUUUGGUCACCCUGUUACAGGAAGGAUGUGAUUAAGCUGGAAAGAGUGCAAAAAAGAUUUACAAGGAUGUUGCCAGGACUCGAGGGAUUGAGUUAUAGGGAGAGGUUAGACAGGCUGAGUCUUUACUCCUUGGAGUGUAGGAGACUGAGGGGUGAUCUCAUCGAGGUAUAUAAAAUCAUGAGAGGCAUAGAUAGGGUGAGUGGUCUUUUUUCUAGGGUUGGGGAUUUGAAAACUUCAUCUUCAUAGUCUUCAUCCUCUACCUCAUUUCCUUAUGAGUGAAUUUUUUGUGUCUUAAUGCAAAAUGUUAUAUGGGUAAGUUCCUGUGGUUGAAGGUUCUAGAACGGUCUGUGUGAAUGUUGAAUAACUGAGGUAAACGUAUAAUUGAAGAAACUGACUGUGAUCUGGUGUUUUCUCUUUCAUUACUUACAUCGGUUUAGGGCCAACUUAACUUCAGGCACUUCUAAUGAAAUUGAAUGAGUUCCUGGGUGUGAUUUGACACUGGCAAACUGAGUCCAGUAUCUGAUGUAAUUCCAGAUUCCCUGAGGAUAAAACACCAGAAUGAGCCCCCCUCCCAUAGACUAACUUCUGGUUUGCUGCCUAGUUAACACUUCACCACCUGCAUGUUACACACCAGCUCCUGACUUCCCUGGUGUGAACUUCCCACUGCUGGCACUGAGCAGUUAAACUACAUGCUGCCAAAUCAUCUGUCCCUUAUCUCACUAACCUGUCCCUCGGUUAACCAGCUCAGUCUCGGUAACCUUUCAGCUGGUGGGGGAUGCUGGGGGGUAAGGAGGCUUCAAGGGGAUAUGGACACUGAGUUAGUGGAUGAGAGCCAGCAGAUAGAACAUAGAACACUACUCAGUACAGACCCUUCGUGCCGACAUUUUAUCCUGCUCUAAGAUCUAUCUAACCCUUCCCUCUCACAUAGCCCCCCAUUUUUCUAUCAUUCAUAUGUCUAUCUAAGAGUCUCUUAAAUGUCCCUAAUGUAUCUGCCCCCACAGCCUCUGCCAGCAGUAUGUUCCACACACCCACCACUCUGUUUAAAACAAAACCUUACCCCUGACAUCCUCCAUAUACCUUCCUCCAAUCACCAUAAAAUUGUCCCCUCAGGUUAGCCAUUGUCGCCCUGGGAAAAAGUCUCUGACUGUCCACUCGAUCUAUGCCUCUUAUCAUCUUGUACACCUCUCUCAAGUCACCUCUCAUCCUCCUCUCCAAAGAGAAAAGCCCUAGCUUGCUCAACCUAUCCUCAUAAGACAUGCUCUCCAAUCCAGGCAACAUCCUGGUAAAUCUCUGCACCCUCUCUAAAGCUUCCACAUCCUUCCUGUAAUGAGGCAGUGUAAUGUGGAAGAAUGUGAAGUUACUUUGUUGUCUUAGACAGAUUGAGGGACUGGAUAAUGUUGAUGGUCAAAGGGACCCAGGUAUCCCUGUAUACAAAUUACUGACAGCCGCAGAUCACGUGGUGGCACAACAGGCAGAGCCGUCACCUCCCAGCUGCAGAGACCCGGGUUCAAUCCCGACCUCCGGUGCCAUCUGUUUGGAGUUUGCACGUUCUUCCUGUGACCAUGUGGUUUUCUGCCCCCCCCCCCCAGGUGCUCUGGUUUCCUCCCACAUCCCAAACUUGUGUAGGUUGAUAGCUUAAUUGGCCGUUUUAAAUUGCCCCCAGUUUGGGGGUGGUGGGGGGGUGGUGGAGUUGAUGGGAAUGUGGGGAGAAAAAUCAGGAUUAGUUAGGACUAAUGUAUUGGGGAGGUUGAUGGUCAGCAUGAGCUCAGUGGGCUGAAGAGCCUGUUUCUGUGCUUUAUGACUCUGACUGUAACAUAAUUAUCACAGCCUCCCAUCUCUGGGGUCACUGUACCAGCUUUGCUUAUCCCUUGGGUAACUCACAACCUCACUGGCCUGUGUCUUGGGUAAGAACGGGGUGACCCGGUGAGUCUGCUGUAUGUUCACUCUGGUCGAGGCCACAGCCACUUUCCUCUCUUGCCAAAAGGGCCUUGAAUAUAUUGUGGUCUCAGCUCUCUGGGGUGGAGAAUUACACAGAUUCACCACCCUCAAAAGAAAUUCCUUCUCAUCUUUGUCUUAAAUUUACAACUACCUAUUCUGAAACAAUGCCCUCCUGUUCUGAAUUCCACCAUGAGGGCAAACACCAUCUCAGCAUCUACCUUGUCAAGCCCCUUCAGUCUUGCCUUUCCGUGAUACCCUACCAUCAGCUCAACCUUUCUUAAUAUAUCAACGUCUUCAUGGCAGGAAUAAUCUAAUGAACUUUCUCCAAGCUGCCUCCAAUUCAAAUAUAUUUUUCUGUAAAUAGGAAAGCAAACCAGUGCACAGUACUUUGUGGUUUCUCCACAGUUGUGGUAUAAUCCCUACAUCUGUGUCCAUCCCCUCUGUAAUAAAGUCCAGCACUGCCCGGAUGACCUGGAUCCCUCUGUAGUCUCUCCAUUUAAAUAAUGUGCUGCCUUUAUUCUUCUUCACUCACGUCACAUUUCUCAACAAACUUUAUCCACUCACUUAGCUUGGACUGUUCUCCUUAUCUUCCCCACCUCUUUGUAGACAGUAAAUUUGUUUCCUUCAUCUAAAUCAUUCACAUAGACAUUAGUUAGUAAUUGAUGCCGUUAUUUACAACUUGCCAGUCUGAAGAUGAUUUAAUUACCCUGACUUUUCUGUUAGUGAGGCUGUCCAUUCUAAUAUAUUAGCCCCUUACCUUGCACUGCAGUCUCAUCUGGCACCUUAUUGAAUGAUUUGAGUGAUCCCAGGAUAACCAUCUCACCUCACUGGUUCCUUGGGUUACCAUCCGAUGCAAACCAAGGAUUAUGAUGCAAGAAACAAGGGAUUUUAACUUUCCACAUAUUGACUGGGAGUCCCACACUGCGAAAGUGUUGGAUGGCUUGGAAUAUGUCAAAUGUGUUCAGGAAAGUUUUCUAAAUCAAUAUAUAGAGGUACCAACGAGAGAGAAUGCAAUACUUGAUCUCCUAUUAGGGAACCAGGCAGGUCAGGUGACAGAAGUAUGUGUAGGUGAGCAUUUUGGGUCCAGUGAUCAUAAUUCAAUUAGUUUCAAGAUAAUUAUGGAUAAGGAUAGGCCUGGUCCUCAAGUGGAGGUUCUAAAUUGGAGAAAGGCCAAUUUUGUGGAAAUGAGAAAGGAUCUAGGUAGGGUGGAUUGGGAUAAGUUAUUUUCUGGCAAGGAUGUGCUCAGUAAAUGGAAAGCCUUCAAAGACACAAUUUUGAGAGUGCAGAGCUUGUAUGUUCCUGUCAGGAUUAAAGGCAAAGGUAACAAGCAUAGGGAACCUUGGUUUUCAAGGGAUAUUGGUGAGCUGGUUAAGAAAAAGAGAGAGGUGUAUAGCAGGUAUAGGCAACUAGGAACGGAUGAGGUACUUGAAGAGUAUAGGAAAUGCAAGAAAAUUUUUAAAAAAAAAAGGAAGUCAGGAAGGCAAAAAAGACAUGAGGCUGUUUUGGCAGAUAAUGUGAAGGUAAACCCAAAGGGUUUCUACAGGUAUAUUAAGAGCAAAAGGAUAGUAAGAGACAGAAUUAGUCCCCUAGAAGAUCAGAGUGGUUGUAUAUGUGUGGAGCCUCAGGAGAUGGGGGAGGUCUUAAACAGUAUUUUUGCAUCAGUAUUUACUCAGGAAACUGGCAUCGUGGAUAUGGAAGGAAGGGAAACAAGCACUAGUGUCAUGGAACAUACAGAUUAAAAAGGAGGAGGUGCUUGCUGCCUUACAGCGAAUAAAAGUAGUUAAAUCCCCAGGGCCUGGCAAGAUAUUUCCUCGGACCUUGAGAGAGACUAGUGUAGAAAUUGCAGGGGCCCUGGCAGAUAUAUUUAAAAUGUCCUUAGCCACGGGUGCGGUGCCAGAGGACUGGAGGAUAGCUCAUGUUGUUCCAUUGUUUAAGAAAGGCUCGAAGAGUAAACCAGGUAAUUACAGGCCAGUGAGCCUGACAUCAGUAGUGGGUAAAUUAUUGGAAGGUGUUCUGAGAGAUCGGAUAUACAAGUAUUUGGACAGCCAAGGGUUGAUUAAGGAUAGUCAGCAUGGCUUUGUGCCUGGUAGAUCGUGUUUAACAAAUCUUGUAGAGUUUUUUGAGGAGGUCACUAAGAAAGUAGAUGAAGCUAAGGCUGUGGAUGUUGUCUACAUGGACUUUAGUAAAGCCUUUGACAAGGUCCCACAUGUGAGAUUAGUUCAGAAGGUUCAGUCAAUGGGUAUCCAUGGAAAGGUUGUAAACUGGAUUUGAAAUUGGCUGAGUGGGAGAAGACAGAGUGGCUGUGGAUGGUUGUCUCUCAGAUUGGAGGCCUGUGACUAGUGGUGUGCCUCAGGGAUCUGUGUUGGGGCCUUUGUUGUUUGUUGUAUAUAUCAAUGAUCUAGACGAUAAUGUGGUAAAUUGGAUUAGUAAGUUUGCGGAUGACACUAAGAUUGGAGGUGUAGGGGACAGCUAGGAAGGCUUUCAAAGCUUGCAGAGGGAUCUGGACCAAAUGGAAAAUUGUCCAGAAAAUGGCAGAUGGAAUUUAAUGCAGACAAGUAUGAGGUGUUGCAUUUUGGAAGGACAAAUCAAGGGAGGACAUACACAGUAAAUGGUAGGGCACUGAGGAGUGUGGAGGAACAAAGGGAUCUGGGAGUUCAGAUACAUAAUUCCCUGAAAGUAGAGUCACAGGUAGACAGGGUUGUAAAAAAAAAGGCUUUUGGCAUCCUGGCAUUUAUAAAUCAAAGUAUUGAGUAUAGGAGUUGGAAUGUUUUGGUGAGGUUGUAUAAGUCAUUGGUGAGACCAAAUUUGGAAUAUUGUGUGCAGUUCUGGUUCCCGAACUACAGGAAGGAUGUCACUAAGAUUGAAAGAGUGCAGAGGAGAUUUACUAGAAUGUUGCUGGGUCUUCAGGAGUUGAGUUACAGGGAAAGAUUGAACAGGUUAGGACUUUAUUCCUUGGAGCGGAGAAGAAUGAGGGGAGAUAUGAUAGAGGUUUAUAAAAUGAUGAGGGGCAUAGACAGAGUUAACGCAAGUAGGCUCUUUCCACCUAGAUUAGGAGAGAGAAGUAUGAGAGGACAUGGCUUUAGGGUGAAGGGGGAGCAUUAGGGGGAACUUCUUCACAGAGUGGUGGGAGUAUGGAAUGGGCUGCCAUCUGAUGUGGUAAAUGUGGGCUCGCUCUUAACUUAAGAGUAAAUUGGAUAGAUACAUGGACGAGAGAGGUCUGGAGGGGUAUGGGCUGGGGGCAGGUAAAUGGGACUAGCAGAAUAAAGUUUCGGCACAGACUAGAAGGGCCAAAUGGCCUCUUUUCUGUGCUGUAGUUUUCUCUGGUUCUAUUGUGAGAGUGCCCUUUGCUCCAGGUCUAAUUGUAAUGUUUAGUGAAGAUCACUAAGUGCAGGUGGUGCAUGUGAUGUUCUGCCCUUAAGCUGGUGAACAGUAACUGAUAGCAAUGUUACCCAAUUGUUAUAUUUGUACAGAACCUUUAAUGUAGACAAACACUUCAAAAUAUUUUGGGGGCAGCGAAUUGAAGAGUGCCUUGAGAAAGCUGUUCUGUCCCUGGAGGCAGGAGAACAGCAUCGACAUCUAGCAACCUUCACGUUUGAUUGAAGUGUGAUUGAGCUCCUGAGAAUCGGGAGAAAUUUCUAAUUGCCAAGGAAAUUCUAUUUUUCUAACCAUCUUGGUCUUGUAUUGUGAUACCAAAGUUAAACGGGUGGGAAGAUUGUCAGAGCCUUCCUCAGGUAUCACCCACCCAUGAUUAGACUAAAGAUUGUAUCUCCACUGGAUUCCCAGUGGUACCACUUUGUACAUCCCAUGUAUAGAAAUAAAUUAUCCAUUUUA